CAAUUAGAAUGACUUAAAAUUGAAAUAGCAUUGAAAAUAGAGAGAAUCUAGUUUAGUAACAAUCCAACAAUAACCAAUGGCUUCUGGAGGCGAGCACACCCAUGAGCAUCAUGACCAUGACCAUGACCAUGACCACAAGCAUGCAGAUUCAUGGGUAGGUGCUGAUGGAAAAGUUUACCACAGCCACGAUGGUCUCGCACCACAUUCACACGAACCCAUUUACUCACCUGGAUUCUUCAGCAGAAGAGCUCAACCUCUUCCAAACAGAGAUUUCAAUGAAAGAGCUUUCACUGUUGGCAUUGGUGGACCUGUUGGUACUGGUAAAACAGCUUUGAUGUUAGCCCUUUGUCAAAAUCUUAGAGAUCAUUACAGUCUCGCUGCUGUGACUAAUGAUAUAUUUACUAAAGAAGAUGGUGAGUUUUUGGUGAAACAUAAAGCACUUCCAGAGGAAAGGAUACGUGCUGUUGAAACUGGUGGUUGUCCACAUGCAGCAAUUCGUGAAGAUAUUAGUAUUAAUCUUGGUCCACUUGAAGAGCUUUCAAAUCUUUAUAAAGCUGAUUUACUUCUUUGUGAAUCUGGGGGAGAUAACUUGGCUGCCAAUUUCAGCAGGGAACUGGCUGACUAUAUUAUUUACAUAAUAGAUGUAUCUGGUGGUGAUAAAAUUCCUAGGAAAGGUGGUCCUGGAAUCACACAAGCUGAUCUCCUUGUGAUAAACAAGACCGACCUUGCACAAGCAAUUGGGGCUGACUUGUCUGUCAUGCAGCGCGAUGCUCUUAGGAUGAGAGAUGGCGGGCCAUUUGUAUUUGCUCAGGUGAAGCACAAUGUUGGUGUAGAAGAAAUUGUGAAUCAUGUCAUACAGGCAUGGGAAGCAGCUACGGGGAAGAAACGCCGUUGACAUUUCUUUGAAAGCUGAUAGCUCGAGCGAGGAGUGGAGCCUAGCCCAUUGUCUUUUCAUUCAUGUUAAAUAACUAUUUUCUGUAGCAUGUUACUACCUUGAACCUAAUAAAUGUGUACGAGUCACGCAUCUAUGUACUAUGGCUAGUAGUUUUUUUUUUGGACAAGAAUAAGCUUAUAGCAUUUCAUUAUCAAUGUACUAUGGCAGUGGUUUUUCGGUAAAAAUAUGCAAUUUCACAUAUCUAUCAAUGUGUAUGAGCCACACAUUUAUCUACUAUGGCUAUUGGCUACUAAUAACUCCGAUUCUCAUUCAUGUUAA